GUCGGUUCUCGCUUGCUUUUUUCUCUCAUCUUGCACUGCGGUGUGCCUGUCUCCCAGGCUAAAUUCUAGUAUAAGGACGCUCUAAAUGGAGGGAGUGCUCUAGUAUGUGACGACGAAUCGCCUAUGCCGCUGCCGGUGUAUUACAACAACAGUAAUCAGCCGUGGUGGACCAUUGUUUCAGUGUUAGCCAAUUUGCCUGUUCAUUGAUAGAACAUCGACAACGCUGAUAAGUGCUAUAACGACAUCAAGCGCAGGCGGGCAGUAAAUUCUCCCUAACGUGACAAAAACAGUGUGGUUGAAAAUUGAAUUUCGUUGACAGCUAGAGAAAUAUCAGUGGCAAAAGGAAAGCACUACAGACAAACAAAACAAAAGACGGUAGAGAUAGUUUGCCAUUGGUAUGUCUCAUCAAACAGGCAUUGUGCCCAAUGAGGCGCUGGCCCGUUUCUUUGCUAAAGCCCGAGAUUCUCCGAAGUGCCGGGUGUUCAAAGUGGUUAUCGAAACUGAACAGCUUGUCCUACGUGAUGAGUUACUCAUUCAAAACAACUGGGAAGCUGACUUUGCCAAGUAGGUCCACAAGGUUUUCGAGGUACGUUCCCCAGCUAACGGAGGAACGCCAGCCCUGCUUCUUAUUCUUUCGCCUAGAUAAACACGGCGAAUGGCUUAUGAUCAGCUUUUCACCUGACGAUGCUCCUGUUCGACUCAAGAUGUUAUACGCUUCGACGAAGGCGACGCUCAAGAAAGCUUUCGCAGUAGAUUCAGAGUUUGUCGCCACAUCAAAGGAAGACGCGACCCUUGCUGGAUACGAAGCGCAUCUUCGAGCCGAGAACGCUCCUCCCCCAAUGACAAACACUGAACGAGAACUCGCCGAGGUAAGGCUAAAUGAGAGCUUUGCCUCGGUGGGGAUCGAUGCAAAGCAACAGACGCUCAAGGGACUCGAACUGCCUAUCUCUGAUGAAGCUAUUGACGGGUUCUUCUCACUUAAAGAAGGAAAAAUUAACUACCUCCAGGUGGGUAUUGAUAUUGGCAAUGAGCAUGUGGUGGUACACGACCGAGGUAUGUUGGGCUCUGCGGACGAGCUGACCUCCAGGGUGCCCCAGGGAGAGCCCCGAUAUCAUCUAUUUAGCUUUAAACACAUCCACGACAACCAACGGGUUGUGUCAACGUUCUUCAUCUACACAAUCCCUGCGGGCAAUUAUCCAGUCAAAGUGAAGAUGCUUUACUCGUCUUGCAAGGCCCCUCUCAUCAAGGAUAUCGAAGGGAAAAUCGAGAUACCGCUAGCGCGGAAGCUCGAACUUGACGAUUUGUCCGAACUGAGCGAGCAACGCCUCCUUGAUCAGCUGUACCCACGAACCGACGCCAAUAAGGGCAAAUUCGCCCGUCCAGCGGGUCCCGCAGGACGCCAGGGCGGGCGUCGGCUCGUCAAAUAGGAAAGCGCCGGCUGUUGCCACUGCUAGACGCGAUCUGCCGCCCACAACAAAAACGAGGAACCCCGUUUGCUUAUUCUACUCUUUUUGCAACAACAGAGUUGUAGUUAUCGUGCCUGUCUCCUACCUAAGACUGCAAUCGAUGUAAGAUCAUACGUUAACGCUUGUCUAAACGCAUACGAAUCCUUCUCGUCCGAAUCCACGUUUUGAAAUUCUCCGAACAUCUGAGAGAAAACAGUUCUAUCAAACUAACAGCAGCAACAGCACCUGGUAGGAGAUAUUGCAAGGUGAGAAGAGUAGAAAAGCGACAGGGUCUGUGGGUACGCGCCGGGUGCACCAUUAUGUCAUCUGGUCUUCCAUAAUUGAUAACAACAGUAACAUUAAUACUAAGAAUGGUACAUAAUAGUUAUAACAAAAACAAUAGCAACACAUCAUGGAUACCUCCGGGUGGGACGACAAUCUUUAACUUAGUUAAGAAAGAGAAACAAUCAGCGGGUCUGUCAGCCUUUUUGUUGGUAAAUCAAUCAAAAUGUUUAGUUUUUUAAUCUAAAGUGUUUUCCUAUUUGGCCUUGUGUUGGCUCGCGACCACUUGAGCUUAAAUUGAGUGUCCAUCUGUCAUAGCAGAUGUAGAAAAAAAAAAUAUUGACAUUCUAGUAAACGAUUCGGAACACGGUCGGUCAGGCUGAUUAAUUUACUGAAGCGAAGCAAGGUUUAGGUAAAACUAGAAGAAGAGCACAGAUUUAACUAUUAGUUAUAGAUGAACAUAUCCAUUGAUUCGGUUUGAAUUUACAGAAUUGAUUCAGAAAGGCUUGUUAGCAGAGCUUCAUAGGAAUCUGGUAUGUACACAUGUUGCAUAGUCCGUGGACAAGGUGAAUAACUUAUGACACGGCAUACAAGAGGAUACAAUACGAUACAGUGCUAGGCAUUUUUUAGCUUUUUGUUUAUUCUUGUAUCCAAAAUUAAAAGCGAAAAGAUUGCUAAAAAUGGAAAUAGGGCGGUGAUACGCAAACUCGAUACCACUCGAUUCGUUUUGAUAUAAACAUAAAAAUAUGAUCCUAUAUAUAUAACUAUAUUUAUAUAAUUUAUUAUGGAUAGAUAACGGAAAAUGGUUACUUGCCUUAUAAUAUUAUUGUAAUAAUUAUUAUAAAAUUUCACUAUAUAGAUGCAUAUAUUCAAGGUUGCUGUACAUACAGUAAAUGGGAGCGUAAUUAACGUAUAAGAUUAUACCAGUGUAGGCUCUUCGUGGUGAAUUCAGUUUGCUAUACAAAGCGAUAAUACUUGAAUAUAGCCGUUUUUUUUUUAAAUAUUUUUGUUUGAUAACAGUAAUUAAAGGAUGUGGAGUUCGAACAUUCAAAAAAUGGAGGUCUACUCGUGGGGACCAUAAUGUUGUGUCGUCAGUAGAGGAUGUCGUUCGGUAAAAAAGCCUUUUAUCUAGCAAAAAAUAGGAACAUCUUUGAAAACAUUAAGCAUAUAAAUGACCCCAACAAGCAAAUGUUACUAUAUUACAAGCAAGUAUUACUAUAUUAUCUUUUUUUUUUUAAAUAUCAACUUCAGUAACUUCGCGGAGCAGCGAAAGAAACUAUAAUAUCGAAUUCAUUAUUAUACUGAUGCUUGAUGUGUUUACAUAUGUUUUUGUCUGAGCAAUCAUAUGAUUUAGUAUGUUAUGGUUUCCUUGUGUUCACCGCCCUCUUAACUAGUCUUUUAUAACAAUGUGUAACGAUCGACGGUUAUUAAUCACUUUUUUUAUUAACCAACCAAGUAUUGCAUUUUCGAAGCUGCUUAUGUCGUCCUGCCCGCAAGUAGCAAGAAUAAAGCUGGUGUCCCUCAACACUGCACAUCAUUCACAUACAAAGUGAUGAAGUACAGACGCAAUUGGUUAAAAAAAAGAAAUACAGGAACACUCAGCAGACUAAUUAAGUCUAAUUACUAUAUCAUUUACUUUACUUUACCUCUGUGUGCUCACGCAAUUCCACCUACUAAAUAGUGUCCGAUGCAAAUUCUUCAGCUUUCAGUUUUUUUCUUUUUAUGUUUACAUUCAAUUUAGGCAAGGUUCGUAUAUACUCUGCUGAGAAAAAGAUAGCUAGCGUCUUACAUCAAACGACCCUGAUUGUUUCGGACUUAAGUCCGACAUUCUCGUUAGGCUUUCCAUCAAAUAGCAAGAGACGAUAUGAGUCUAUGUUUGGAUUCGAAUCUAGGCCACCACGUGUCCCCUAAGAUUAGCAUGCAAAUACUGUACCUAUCACGGGGACAACAAGAAAGCCAGAAAGAAUUACAAAUGUUUGCAACAUUUACCUUUUAAAUACAAUAAUACUGAGACCAUAUCUCACGUUUUUGGUGUCACACUUGGCGUCUCUAUCAAAUGCACUUUGACUGCCUGUUCGGCAUUCAUUAGCCUAUAUCUGCAUAAGUUUGUUCUAUAUUUCCAUAGAAUCAUUGCGUCAUAUAUUUGAAGACCUUGACAUGAGAAAAAAUAUUGCAUGAAAAUGUAGUGAACUGAAAAGCAAUUUGGUUUCCCGUUCAUGUUUACUAUAUACCGCACCCGGUAUCGCCUCUAGGCCUUAUCUGUACUUUUUUAGAUGCACAGAACACUCUUCGUCGGCAUUUCCAGUGGCACAGCCUUCCUCCAAUAACUUACACACCAACAAAAUUCUGCUGUCGUAAUUUCAUUACGAUAGUAGACAGCAGCGUAACGUUUCACAGACUGAUUAUUUUUGACAAACAAUACAAACCACCUGCGUCUAUAUAAUGCCGUAGGCAAAGCCUAUACUAAUGUCUAUAAUACAUCUACUUAUGUAAUAGGGAGCAACCCGACACAAUGUGAUCUUCGCUAAUACAAAAAGUAACUAUGAACAAUAAAUAAGUAUAUAUCGAUAACAACAACAUAUUGUUGUCUGUCUGGUCUUAAUAGGAACGCACCGACGUUGUUUUUUUUUUUGAAGAACGUUCAAACAUAAUCAAUGAAACGUCGUUCCAAAGACCAGCUUUGUCUGCUCACUUUUACUAUAAUUAGCAACGCAUUUUAAGUUAUAGUAAAUGGUAAUUGCAGAACAGAAACUAAGAAAUAUCAAUGAUACAAGUAAUGAAAAACCAACAGUAGAGAUUGAUUGUAAUACGGAUGAACAGGCGACACCGUUCCGUCGCCCGAAUACACAUAUACCUAACUAUAUGUUACAGGCACAGAUAUCACCAACUGAUGCGAAAAACAGCAAAAAAUAAUGUUCGACUUUAGUUCUGCAUACUGAAUGAGCUGCAAUUGUUACGGCUACCACUUACAUAUUAUACAAGUAUUUUGUGUACUUUCUUAUAUCAUGUUCUUUUCUUUAGUGAAGGUGAAGUAAAUUAAGAGUGAAAGUGAUACGCCACAACACAGCGAUAUUGCUCAGCGCAAAGCGCCGAUUAUUUAGAUGUUAUCAUCAUCAUCUAGAAUAUUCUACUUAUGAUGAUUAGUGUGAAUUAUAAUAUAUGAAUAAUUAUAUGUUAAAAAUUUUGCUAUGCAUAGGAUUUAUGUAUGAACACAGUAAAAAAUGGGCAAAUACGAAUUAUGUAUGUGCAGAGUGGCUACGGAACCAAACUAGUACAGAAUUUGAAGUGAGAGAGUGCAAAUGUUAAAAUCGUCAUUCAAAAUUAAAAGUGAGAUGAUAAGGAGUCCCCAAGUCAAUCGCGGCGGCGUUAAUCAUCAAAAUUAUGGCCGAUUAUUUCAAUUUUUAGAAGUAAAAACUAUUAAAAGUAAAAAGAAAAAUCGAACAUCCGAAGAGAAUGGCGAUUUGUAGGGGAUGUCAUAAGAACCGACGCAAUCACUGCCUCAAUUAGUGACGACAAAUUAAUCAACUGUACGCUAAGUCAUGUCUCAUAGAAAGGUGAAUGGAAAGGAAACGUCAUUAAAUAAAAAAGAUGCUUCCUUAUGAUGAUAAAAUAUAUUAAUAAAUAAAACAUCAUUUGAAAUCCCCUUUCAUUGGCGCUUGUCGUUGCAUUUUUGUUUAGGUAAAAUGCAUCGCUAUAAUUCGUGGCAGGUUUAACGAAUGAAGACGUUUCAUCCGAAAAGAUCGCUGCGUUUGUAACAGUUACAUUCGAUCAAGCUCAUUCAUAGCCAUAUCGUACAUUGACUAAUAACUGCACAUACAUUACAGAUGUUGUUUUUAAUUUUCGACUUCACCGUUCAUUUAUGUGUACCAUAAAUUCAUACACACUACUUGUUCAUCAAUAAAAUCAACCAUGCAAAUAUCUAAAAUGUAUAACCUGUGCAAAUAUAAAUAAAAUCAAAUAAAAAGCCGUGCAAAUAUAUAAAGGCCAGGAAAUUGAGUUUCCUCAACAUUAGGGCAGGUACUAAGGUAAUCGCUUGUAAAGACGACAGUGAAAAAAUAUAACAAAAAAAGCAAGGAAAACAAAUAAUUUUCUUUAACUCAGUCGAAAGCUCUGAUCAUAUCAAACCAUUAAAUACAGUGCUGCAGAAGACAUGUUUGAAAGAAAAGGCAUUAAGAAGAAAUCUAGCAUAUUUCUGUAGCCACGACGUGAGUCACUUUUAUGUCAAUAAUUACAUCAAACUACGUUUCAUACCUGCUGGUUUUCACUACAUUUUUGGAUGUCCAAUAAAA